UCAUUUUUCAUUGGGUUUCUAAAUCCAUCAACCUGACCAGAAUAAGAUGCUCUGGUUGGGUAGGAGCUGCAUGAAUAAUUAAUGAGUUGGAGAAAUACAGAUCACGCGCCUCACGCCUUUUAAUUUUUGACUUGAUAAUUGUUUUGAGGUAGACUUUCCGCGUACAUAUUUUGAAGAAUUCACUUGUCCCACAAACUGUUAGUGAUCGGGAGCUCUUUUCAGAGCUCACUGAAUCUUCGAUCACCCAGCACCAAGUAUUUACACAUUAAGAAAAAGGAACUGAUGGUCACAUCCAGUCCAGGGAUAGCACUAUCAUAAAAAGCUUGAAGGAAACGAAUGGAUGCGGGUCUUGAAAUAAUAGUUGGGUACUAACUGCAAGGAGGUUUUAUCAUAAGCGAAAGUUCUAUUUCAGUUUCUCCGUCACUUUUGGUUUCAUUAGUCAUAUAAUAAGAAUAUCAAACGAGACAGGCUUCUAUUCUGAAAGGGAAAGCGUUACUUCAGUUUCUUACUCUCGGCUUCCUCGGUCAUACGAUCAGGAUACUAAACAAGAAACUUCAAGGAGUAGCUGAGGCAGCCUCAAGAUGACUCAAUAUCAAGAAUGUCCACAAACGUGACCGCAACGAUGAAUGGAACACAGUCCAUGUUGAGCUGCUUUAAUCCCACAGCAAGGAAUUUCGGUGAAACCCUUGCUUACUGCCUUCUAUUUCUUGUUUCGUUAAUUGGAAAUACCUUCAUUGGAAUUAUUGUCUUCAAGACGAAAAGUCUGAGAAAGCCCAUUAAUUUCUUGAUUUUUAACAUGGCCAUGUCCGACAUGAUUCCUCCAAUUUUCCUGUUUCCUCGUAAGUUGGUUUGGUUACACACCCGCUCCUGGCUGAUAGGCGGCCCCCUUGGUCAAACGUUAUGUAAGUUGAGUAUCUUUUUUUCUAAUAUGUCGACUUCUGUGUCAGUUCAGAGCCUUGUUCUGAUAACAGUCGAUCGAUUUGUAGCCGUGGUAUUUCCUCUCCGUUGCCCAUUCAUCAGUUCAAAGCAGUGCCGGUUCUUCAUUCUCGCCACUUGGAUCAUCGCCAUGGCUGGCUGGUGUCCGGACCUGUUCGCCUGGAAAGUUGUCGAAUAUCCAGAGAGGCUGGCGUGUGAGCAUGAUUGGAAUGACGCAUUUAGAGGGUCCUCGUCCUUCAGAAACUACCUUAUGACUAUCAUCGUUGUAAUGUAUUAUGUCCCCUUGAUUUUGGUUGCCAUUCUUUAUUUUUCCAUUGAUAUAAAAAUAAAAUCCCAGAAGAAUCCAGGAGAGCAAUCAACUAACGCGAGAGAACGACGUUUAAAAAGAGAGAAAAAUGUUCUUAAAUUGUCCAUUGCCAUCGUGUUGGGGUUCGCACUGUGCUGGCUGCCCUUCAGUAUUUUGUGGUUCAUGCUCCUCAACUCAGAUCGAACCAUCUUAACCUCUUGUGGCUUCAAUUACUUCAGUUCUGUUGCCGAACUUCUGGCUUUGUCGAACUGUGCGAUAAACCCUUGGAUCUGUGUAUGCUUUGUUGGAAAUUAUCGCCAAGGUCUCAAGAAUCUCUUCUGUCGCUCUUCUGUUGGUACUAAAGUCAAUCAAGUUACACCGUACUAGUUUGAGCGCCUGGCCCCGGUUGUUCGAAGGAUGGAUAACGCUAUACACUGGAUAAAUCUCUAUCCGGUGGAUAGCGCAGUACGUUUUGGUAACACUUGUCCGUUGGAUAGCGCUAUCCGCCCAUUGAAGAGCCGGAGCCUGGACUUUAAAACCGACCAUCCAGAUCGACCUAAGAAUUUUUCACAUUCCUUAUUGAUUGUUUUCAUUUCAGACUACGAAAAGUCAGUAAAGUAAUAGAAGACCUUGAGAUGAAAGGUCUUGUUGAAACAUUAAGAUGAGUUUUUAAAUUUACCGAAAGGAAUGGUGGAAAUUGUUAGCUUGAUGGCUUUUAAAAGGCAUGAUAGAUCAAACUUUGGGUUGGCAAUCAUCAGAAGAUAAGAAAUACGUGACAGCUCCCUCUAUUCAGCUCUGAAACUUGUAAAUAAAUUUUAAUCUUCAUUCUAAUCUUCAUUUGAAAGCUCACUUACUAUAAAAAUGCAUUGCAUAGCUAAACUCAUAUAUAGAGAAGCUGUACCGUAGUUUGAACUUUUGCGCAAAUAUUGUUGUUUGAGGUAUAAAUUAUUCUGAGUACGUAGUUUAAGGAAGGUGUAGUCUGAUCGUCCUGGUGAGUGUAGUCCUGAGAAGGACUGUUGUCGGUGGUAGUGACUGAC